AUGUGGGCCAAUGUUGUUGUCAUUGGAGUAAGGAAUAUCAUGUUCCUGCUAUAUCGGCUCCUCGCGACCAGCCCGCAGCUCCUCCACGCGGCAGCGGGGCCCGGUGUCAGAGUGUCCGCUCCUCCAGCUCCUCAACACGGCGACACCUCCCUCUGCUCAGCGGGGGGCUACCGCAGCGGGCUCCAUGGGGCACAGCUCCAGCUGCACACGGCUAAACCGAGCCCUUCUCAGUGUGCUGGCGGAGGAGGCUGGGAGGAUUUAUCACGAGACGAUUGGGACAUGUCAGAAAGUUCUUCAGGUGUGAACACUCUCAGCGGCAGCCUCCCCAAAUCCCACUCGUCCCAGUACUCGGACCCCGGUGUUGCACACACUCCCCUCUCUGUGGACCGCAGUCCUGAUUCUGGACUAGUAUCCACACCACUCCCAUCAAGUCGGUUCCGGUUCGUGUCAUGGCAUCGCCUGGAACAGUGUGAUGUCAGAGGCGACCAGCUGACCUGCCCCAGGGUCAGAGAAGGACCAUCAGAGGAGGAGCUGUUUCAAAGAGAGGGGGAUGACGUCCCCGUGGAGAGAUGGACAGGGAGGAGGAGGAGGGAGGAUGAAGGACAGAGAUGGGAGGAAAGGCUGCAAGAAAACUGGGAAAACUGUCUGGAGUUGAAUCUGUCCUAUCAGAACCUGGGCGAUCCCUUCCAGAGAGAGAAUUUCCUGCGGAUCCUGCGGCGGUUGAUCCGCGUGGAGACACUGCAGCUGGUCGACAACUCCCUCACCGACCUGAGUUCUGUACGUCUGCCAAGGUGCCAAAUGUUGAACCUGCACCGGAACCACCUGGUCUGCUUGCGUCAGCUGCCAAAGCUCCCAGCAGUGGAGCACCUUUGUUUGUCUGACAACGCCAUUGGCUCCCUGGUGGGACUGGGAGCUCUGGAGAACAGCCCGCUGCGCUCCCUGACCCUGACCCACAACCCAGUGACCUUCACUCAGGACUACCGUGCACGAGUUUUCUCCUGUUUGCCAAAGCUUGAAGUCCUGGAUGCUAUCCCCAAGUUGCCAGAAGACUCUCUGCCCACCAGACUACAUUUCCCAGAAACCACCAGGAUGUGCAACAUUUUGUGACAUUCUCCUUUGGAUGGAUUCUGACUCAGAUCUCCCAAGCCCGUUUGCACAGCGACGGUAUAGCUUCAGCAAAGUAUUUCACACUUUGAAACUGCACUGGAGGGUUGACUGACCCACAGAGGAAGCCCACUGGUAUCCAGUCAUUUACAACUGUCACUAUUUUAGGCCACAGUGAAAACACACUGUAAUUUUUAUAUAAAUCGAUAUGUUAAUCAUAUACUUUUUAAACUUUUG